CUCUCUUUUCCACUAUGGACAGAGCCUUCACCGAGCGGCUGCCUGCCCGCCACAUACCCAGCUGGCAUGGGGACCGCAGGAACAACGCGGCUGUGCUGGGCCAUCCUGGGUUUCUUCCUACUCCAAGGCCACAACUCCCAGCCCAUGACAACCCCAACCUCUAGCCCUCAGGGAGACUUCAGCCAUCUAAGUCUGACCACAGAGACAACUUCUCCCAACACAGCAGCUCCAAAGAAAACCUCACAGGUCCCCAAGGUAGUGAGUAAACCUGCCACGUCAAGGUCAAGCACAGUGGAUGGUCACUUGCCGUCCUCCCUGGACCUGGCUCAAUCCCAGCCACAGAAGCAAACAUCAGGACUCAACACAUCCCAAAAUGUUACUCCCAUAUCAACCACCAUAAGUCUGAAGCCAAGGGAAGACGUUGCCAUCCUCCCUAGCCCCACAUCAGAGACGGUGCUCACUGUGGCUGCAUUUGGUGUUAUCAGCUUCAUUGUCAUCCUGGUGGUUGUGGUGAUCAUCCUUGUCCUUGUGGUCAGUCUAAGAUUUAAGUGUCGGAAGAAUAAGGAGUCUGAAGAUCCCCAGAAACCAGGGAGUUCAGGGAUAUCUGAAAGCUGUUCUGCAGCCAACGGAGAGAAAGACAGCAUCACCCUCAUCUCCAUGAAGAAUAUCAACAUGAAUAACAGCAGAGGAUGCCCCUCAGCAGCGAAGGUUCUUUAAAGGCAGCCUGGCGCCCUGUGGCUGAUACAGCUGCCCCGUGACUGUGAGGAGGAAGCCCUGGGACUGUUGGGGGCAGUGAACCACAUAUAAAUUAUUUUGUUUCGCAUCUACUCCCAGAUAUAAAGGACAGUAGCAUUCCUCCAGAUCUGGGAGCUAAAUUACCAAUACAAGAGACUCUUUCCCUUGUGAACAGCCACUCUGGAAACAGCCUGCUCCUCCCAUCUUCUUCGUCGUAGGAAAGAGGAGUCUAUACGCAAGGGCAAGGACAAGGGUGAGGUGGAUUGGUCAUUUCUACUUUCCAUUAAAAUUAUUUUGUGGCC